CUGCUUGACCUCACCAAACAAGAAAUGACAGCUGCUAUUUUACAAUAUCAGCAACUGCUAAGCAAAGGCGUAUAUGCUUUAUUUUACUAUGCUGGCCAUGGAUAUGAAUGUUCAGGCAGAAAUUAUUUGGUUCCCAUUGAUGCUCCUCAGCCAUAUAGACGAGAAAACUGCAUUAGUGUUCAACGCAUAAUGAAAAUAAUGCAAGAAACCCACACAUCAGUUAAUGUUGUGUUACUGGACACAUGUAGAAAAUGGUAUAACCAGGAAUUUAAUCCUUCCGAGAUAAGGCCACUUGAACCUUUGGGAAACACAGUCUAUGGCUAUGCUAC